AUGCAUCCAAAUGGAAACAACAUCAAUAUUUCAAAGGGCCAACAUUCAAACAAUCAUGGGACGUGGAGCUAGUUUUGGCAAGCGCUACCUCAAGGCUUUUGUGAGCGGUUUCUUUGUUGCUGUUCCAGUCACUGUGACAUUCCUGGACCGUGUGGCCUACAUUGCGAGAGUGGAAGGUGCGUCAAUGCAGCCAUCAUUGAACCCUGCUGGUGGAACGGCAUCUGAUAUCGUGUUGUUAAACCGAUGGAGUGUACGUAACUACCAACUACAGCGAGGUGACAUCGUAUCCCUCGUGUCACCCAAAAACCCAGAACUGAAAAUUAUCAAGCGAGUGAUUGCCCUUGAAGGAGACAUCAUCAAAACAAUGGGAUACAGGAACAAAUACAUUAAAGUUCCCCACGGCCACUUGUGGAUCGAGGGUGACCACUAUGGCCACAGCUUUGACAGCAACGUUUUUGGACCUGUGUCUCUGGGCCUGGUCCACGCCCGUGCUUCACACAUCAUCUGGCCACCGCAACGCUGGGCCCGUCUCUACGCCGCGCUGCCUGCCACACGCACGCCUCUCUUCCAGGACGAUGACCCUGUGGAUGGCAAGCUGAGCUAGCUGAAGGAUGCAGGGCUCCAGCCGGCUGAUCGAGCUUGCAUCUAACCGUGAGAGUGCUGAGUAACAUCUGGGGAGCCUGCACUGUGGAACAGUCUACCACACCACACACCCCCCCUGCCACCAAACACCCUUGUCUGAUGUUUUAGUUGUACCUUUUGCAAGUUUCCAAUAAUACACCUGCUUUUUAAACCAGAA